UGUACGAUCCAUUUCUUAAAAUGCGAUGCAAAGAUUUGUUUACUACUGUGACGAGUAGAGAGGUGUCGAAACACACUCAUCGAUGUUGAGCGCUUUAUAUUGUACGUAACAAAAAUUUUAACGACUUUGGCAAUGACGCUUUUAAAUAGAACACUUUGCCUGGUGUCUCGAUCUGUUGAGGCCAAAUCGUUGUCGAACUGUAUCGGAUUGUAGCAUGACCCUGACUUCGUUCUUAUCACUUAUCUUGAUGUUUUAGCAUUUCAUUUAGAGGUUCCUAAAAACAAAAAAAAAUGUUCUAAUUUACAUAGCGCAGACAAGAAACAGUGAACACGUAACGAAAAUGUUAAUGAUAUUGCUUUAAAACUCAUACGACUGAUGCACCCAACGCACUCAAAAUAAAGUGCGGGUAGAAAGCAUGAAAACACAUCUCAACUUCCCUCUCCGAGCCCCCCUUAAACUUGCUUCCCUAUCAAAACGGUCGCAUCAUACGCAUGAUCCCGCAACGAACUCGGGUUCGUCGCAUUAGACGCUUGUGUUUUUCUUCUAUCUCUCUCUUUCUGUCUCAGUCUCGUCUUAUCUCAUCGCCACCGUCUACCGUUACAUUCCCGCGGGUUCCCUCAAGCAUCGCCCAUGCUGCGACGGUGGUGAUCAGGUUUCCCGAUCACACCUUCUGCUGGUGGUGUUUGUGUGCGCGCGCGCACAUUUCGCCCAGUUCUAACAGUGACGUGAGCACGGUAUCCCAAGAUUCACGCACGGCAGCAGAGGGCAAUCCACUUGUGGGGUGAGGUUGUUUGCGUCGUCACCAUUUCUCUCUCUCUCUCUCUCUCGCCCUGGUGUUGGUGACUGCACCCGGUCUCUCCGAGCCGGAUUAUCGCGCACGCCGACGGGCCGUUAUGUUGAUCAUGCCCCGACCGGGCCAGUACGCAGCGAGCGCUUGACCGCCUCAAACGAGUUUCCCGACAUAACUCCCCCCUCGAGUGUGUGUGUGUGCGUACGUGCGUUUGUGCAGAGCAGCUUGAUCGCAUCGGAGUGUAUCGUAUCGCGGGGAUUCAAUCGGAGAGGUCCCAAUCCCAUCCGACGCACGUUGCCGCAGUCAUUCGCCAGUUCCCGGCCGGAGGAGAACAAUCGACCGUCCUGGAGUGGGUUUCGACUGAACGGGCGCGCGCGCGUGUGUUUGUGUGGUAGUGUGUGGGCUUAAGGGCUCUUCCAACGGUGCUUUAACCCACGGCAGCAGCAGCAGCAGCAGCAGUAACAUGGAGCGCCCACUGCGGCGGUACGUGAAAGCCCACGGGUACGCGAUCGCCAUCUCUGCCCUAUUUUUCGGCUGCAUCUUUGUCGCCAGUAUUCUCAACGAAGAUCAGCUGAGCCGUUCAGCAAGCGAAUACGCUUUCUUUCGCUCGAGGCCGCUCGAGCAGCUCAUCUUCUCGAUUGCGUGGAUCGCGGCAGGGCUGAUCUUCCUGCUCGGGCUGAUCUGUGAACGGAAGGAGGCCAUCUUUCCGUUCGCCACCAUCUUUCUGGUCGAAUGGAGCCUGGUGCUGGUGCAGCUGGUCAGCAAGCUCGAGCAUCGCGACCUGGUUGAGGUGGUCCUGUCGGCCGAGGCAGCCGUGUUUCUACUGGUGCCGUUGUACGUGGGAUACACGCUGGUCAUACUGUACCGGGCGUUCGACAGCCAGUACAAGGACGAGGCGGUGGAGGACAUCGAGCAGGCACGCAGGCCGGUGAAGUUCUUUUUCGGCGAAGAUCCGGACGACACUUACAGCUAGAGAGAGAGAGAGAAAGAGGACGAGAGAAAGCGAUUGUUACUGUUAAGCUUACAGCGAUAAGAUUUAGGACCUACUUUUAUUUAUACACGAGUAUUUUAAGUGUGAUUUUGAAACAUGCAAAAAAAAUCCCCCCGUGACAUUAAAACAGUCCAACAUGUCAAGAAUCCAA